UACACAAUGGCUAAACCGCAGUUCAUCCGCGCCUCAGUGCGGCGCUACACUCAAAGAUCAGCUGUUCACUAACCAGUGCGAGAAUCCCCAAAGAACCGUAAACAAAGAGAUCCAGCAGAACAGGGUCACGGAACCACCGCUGCCUCUGCUCAAAAAACAUCAGCUUGAAAGCAGGACACGUUGUUGGUCGAGCAUGCCCAGUAACACAGCUCAGCUUCUGGAGUCAGACGACACCGAGCCGGACCUCCCGGUACCGGUACACACCCUGAGCGGCUUACAUCUGCGGGACGACGAGACUUUAUCCGAAUCAUCCCAUCUGGGGGUUCUGGGCGCGGUGCUGGAGCUCCAGCCUCUGUCCCAAAGUGGAUCAGAUGAAGAAAACAGCAUCAAUAACAACAGCAACACUAUUAUCUUUAGGCAUGAUUCUGAUCUGGAGCAGCUGAGGGCCCGGGCCCUUGCAGGAAUGGAGGCCCCGGGGCCCAAUGGGCUCUUCCAGGAUGGACUGGGCGAGUCUCAGGGCAGUGAGGGCUACCAGGGGAGGAUGAUGAUGGCUAUGAUGAUGAUGCAGGAGGAAGAGAGGUGUGCGCUCAAUACCAGGAGGAAGAGUGUGAACACUACUGAGUGUGUGAUGGUGCCCACAUCUGAGCACGUGGCGGAAAUAGUUGGCAGGCAGGGUUGCAAAAUCAAGGCUCUAAGAGCCAAGACCAACACUUACAUUAAAACACCCGUGAGAGGAGAAGAACCGGUGUUCGUGGUGACCGGCCGCAAGGAGGACGUAGUCAUGGCCAAGCGUGAGAUUCUGUCAGCGGCUGAGCAUUUUUCCCUCAUCCGGGCGACUCGAAACAAAGCAGCGCCAAAUGUGGGCCACAACAGCGUUCCCUGCCAUCCAGGACAGACCACCAUCCAGGUCCGGGUGCCGUAUCGAAUGGUCGGCCUUGUGGUUGGACCCAAAGGAGCGACUAUCAAAAGGAUCCAGCAGCAAACCCACACCUACAUCGUGACGCCGAGCCGUGAUAAAGAGCCUGUGUUCGAGGUGACCGGGAUGCCGGAGAAUGUGGAUCGAGCUCGGGAGGAAAUCGAAGCUCAUAUUGCCAUGCGCACCGCCGGGAGCGUGGAAACCAAUGUAGAUGAUGACGACUUCCACUAUAACGGCACCGACGUCGGAUUUGAGUCGGGAAGCAGUGGCGCUUGGCUUUUCUCUGGAGGCAUUUCCAAAUUCGCCAACGGGAGCUUCAAUAGCAAUGCUGCAGGAUAUCGAAACGAUAGCUCCAGCUCACUCGGAAGCAACUCCAGUGAGUCCUACUUUAGUGGGAAGGGCAGCGGGGUGGCGGAUCUCAGUCCUGGAAGCACCGGUGGUACAUUCUGGUUUGGUGAUACCCAGCUGCCGUUGGGAUCUGAAGAUUCUUUGGGAUACGACGGGUUGAUGAUGACCGCUCCGUCUACUAAUGCGCAGCCAGCAUUAUGGAGCACUUUUGAGCGCGGAGGUGCGAGUUUGCCAACUACACCGAGGCUUUCUCCAUCCCGUCUGUCGCCGUCUUUUCCCGAGGCACUGGAUCAUCCGCUGGUUCGGCUGGUGCAGGAGAAUUCCCAGAGCCUUCCGGCGUUUGGUCCUGCCUUUUCUCCAUCAAGCGCAGACAGCACAGGCUCUAGUUCUCCGCCGGAUGUGCACAACUACACCAAACAUAGUCAAAUUCCUGCGUGCGUACGCUGUGGAGAAAAAGUGCCGGCGCUUGUUUUGGGAGGGCAAAACCGCAUCUGUUUGGAGUGUUCCAACUCCAUCCUGCAAAGCGAGUAGAGAAGCAAAUAUAUGGGAUCACGAGGAGCAAACUGAUUUGUUUUUUUUACAUUCAAAUACUUCCUUCUUUAUAUUACGUUUUAAGUAACUGAGAAAUGCAGGUUUUCUGGUCAAUAAUCGCCAUUGAUUUCCCUGUUUAUGUUUGGCUGCUUGUGGCAAGCAGUGCUGGAGUUUAGCAGCGCUAAAUAGCCAUCACCUACAUGUGUUUUGUUUUGUUUCUCAGUUUAAAUUCAAGGUAUCGACUCUGUGUUUACAUUUUCAUGUGCCUGAUUCCAUGCUGGUGAUGGACUGGCGUUGUUGCUGCAAAAGCAUCUGUGGCCUUGAGUUUCCGUUUCGCAACACUAGAGUCGAGAAGCAUGCGAUCAUACCAGAGCCGUCCUGACCCUCAGCUCAUCACUCUGAUGCCUGCACACACUCAAUAUAUAUUUAUGCGCUACCAAAUUAAGGACCGCAGAAUGAACAGAUCUUCAAUUGGACGUGUUGAAUUAGAUGUAAAUAGACAGUUUAAACGAGAGUUCUGCUAGCGUUUCAGAAAUAAAACCAAAUUUUGCAUUCAGGUCGUUCGAUAGAGAUCCCUCCGUCCACAAUAAAGGAACGAAAUAAUAAUAUGAAUAAAACUAGCCCGGCACAUGACAUGAGAAAAAUGCAUCUACGGCUCAUUAAUCUUAAAUGAAAUCAUUUUGCUAAUUUGCUCACUCGUUUUUAUUUAAAUCGUAGUCACAAAGUUGUUAAAAUAAUACUUUUUAAUAUUAGCACAGCUCUCAGGUAGAGUUAAACAGUUGAUAUUCACCAUUUUUGAAUACACUCAGCCGACCUCCAGGUCUGGAACACUUAUAGCUUAGCGUAAAUUGAAUUGAAUUAGACCAUUACGCCCCAUUUACACAGGGCGUCAGCGUCAACACUUCACAUUCCAUCUGAAUGUGUGACGUCAGGUGUUGCCGACCUGCAUUGUGAAUCCGUCGGUGCCGCAUCAGAAGCGUUGCUUCCUGCAGAAGUUGGGACUAGCUCAACUUUUCAAGCGCUGACAGAAGCGUCAGCCAAUCAGAUCGCUGUAUGCAAAGACACCAGCUAGACAGGGGCCUAUUGCUGACUGAAUUUCAUUGGCUGAUGCUGCUAUGACGAUCGCUUCAGCCCCAACUUCAGACUCAAGCGUUGACGCUGAAGCCCCGUGUGAAUGGAUCUCACACAAAAUGAUUUUCGAUAAUUUUCCUAUAAUGCUGAAGAAUGCAUUUAUCAUGCGCACCAAUUAAGAUUUAAUUAUCUCGUUUUAGGUAUUGGUAGACGCUAUUUACUCACUCAUUUGGGUUCAAUUGUAAUUAAAGAAACACUCCUUUUUUUUUUUUUUUUGCAAACAGACUCAAACAAUUGACCAUAUUUGAACCCCUUCAGCCAAUAUCUGGGCCUGGCAGGUGCACUUUUAGCAUAGCUCAGCAUAAAUCAUUGAAUCGGAUUAAGGCUGAUUCAUACUUCUGCAUCCAGUGAUCGCCGUGACCCACAUCGCAUGCCUUGCGCGUAGCUGUGCAUUUAUUCUUCUGCGUGCGCUUUGUGUUGCUCUGUUAUAACACUUCUGAAAUGCUAGCUGGCAGUAGGUUAUGUUCCACUAAGUCGAGUUUCUUCGUGGGUAUUUUGUUUUUUCUGAACGCUACAAGUGCAGACGUGCAACAACUUUAAUCAUGAGGUAAACACAAAACAAAACAAACACUUGUAAACACUCGCUCCAUCAGGCUCGCGGCUCUCAGCUUUGCCCACGCUCGUCACAGCUACCAAGCUGACCAAUUACAGAGCUUCCGCUACGAUUCGUUGCGAUGUGUAGUUACAUUUACACCCUGGCGAGGGAUAUGCGACCGUGCAUACGUGUGCACUUGACGCAGUAUAAAACUUGACUAAGUAUAAAUCAGCCUUUAGACCAGGGGUCACCAAUCCUGGUCCUGGAGGGCCGGUGUCCCUGCAGGGUUUAGUUCCAACUUGCCUCAACACACCUGCCUGGAUGUUUUAAGUAUACCAAGUAAGACCUUGAUUAGCUUGUUUAGGUGUGUUUGAUUAGGGUUGGAGCUAAAGUCUGCAGGACACCGGCCCUCCAGGAACAAGUUUGGUGACCCCUGCUUUAGACCAUUAGCCUCUUGUUUAAAAACUGAGUUUUGAUUAUUUUCCUAAGCUAAAAGUGCCGUCGCCAGACCCAGUAACAGGCUGAAUGGAUUCAAAAAUGAUCAAACUCAACUCAAAUGAGCCCGUUUUCAUAAAAAUAUGGAGUUCAUUUAACACAUUUCAAUAAAUUGUAGCCAUAAUUAGCUUUUUUACUUAUUUUAGUACAAUUGUGGCCGUGAAUGAGGAAUUGAAUAACUAUUACAUUUUUAAUGAAUCCUAACCACAUUUUGCUCAAUACUUUUAUUCCAGUUGCUAUUUUUUGUGGCAAUAUGCUCAUUUUACAGCUCAGCUAGAAUUAAACGGUUGGUAUUCACCAUUUUUGAAUACACUCGGCCGAUCUCCAGCUCUGGUGGGAGCACUUUUUGCCUAGCUUAACGUAAAUUAAAUCAAGUUAGACCAUUCGCAUCUCACACACAAAUUAUUUUCAAUAAUUUUCCUAUAAUGCUAAAAGUAUACAUUUAUCAUGCCCACCAAUUAAGAAUUAGUUUUCUCCUUUUAUAAUAAAUAGUAAUAUAUAGUUAAUAGUAAAAAUCGUUUACUCGUCAAUCGUAGUCACUAAUAAAACAUUUGUUAAAGGAACACUCCACUUUUUUCUUGGAAACAGGCUCAAUCUAUAACUCCACUACAGCUAAACAAUUGAGUUUUACCAUUUUUUAACCCCUUCAGCCGAUCUUUGGGUCUGGCGGAAACACUUUUAGCUUAGCUUAACAUAAAUCAUUGAAAUAGAUUAGACCAUUAGCAUCUUGUUUAAAAAUUGGGUUUUGAUUACUUUCCUUAGCUAAAAGUGCCAUCGCCAGACCUGUAGAUGGGCUAAAUGGUUUCAAGAAUGGUCAAACUCAACUUCAAAAAAAAUUUGAGCUGAUUUAAUGCAUUUUAAUAAAUUGUAGCCAUAAUUAGCUUUUUUUACUUAUUUGAGUACAAUUGUGGCCAUGAAUGAAGAAUUCAAUUUGUUUUUUAAAUCAUGAGUGUGAUCCAUUAUAUUUUUAAUUGAUUCUAACCACAUUUUGCUCACUCCCUUUAAUCCAAUUGCUAUCUUUUUAGGGAUUAGGCUCAUUUUCCGCAAUAGUCAAACGGUUAAUUUUCACCAUUUUUGAAUACACUCAGCCCAUCUCCAGAUUUUCUCGUUUGAGUAAAUAGUAAAAAUCGUUUACUCGUCAAUCGUAGUCACUAAUAAAACAUUUGUUAAAGGAACACUCCUCUUUUUUCUUGGAAACAGGCUCAAUCUAUAACUCCACUAAAGCUAAACAAUUGAGUUUUACCAUUUUUGAACCCCUUCACCCGAUCUUUGGGUCACUUUUAGCUUAGCUUAGCACAAAUCAUUGAAAUAGAUUAGACCAUUAGCAUCUUGUUUAAAAAUUGGGUUUUGAUUACUUUCCUUAGCUAAAAGUGUCAUCGCCAGACCUGUAGAUAGGCUAGAUGGUUUCAAGAAUGGUCAAACUCAACUUCAAAAAAAAUCUUGAGUUGAUUUAAUGCAUUUUAAUAAAUUGUAGCCAUAGUUAGCUUUUUUUAACUUAUUUUAGUACAAUUGUGGCCAUGAAUGAAUAAUUCAAUUUGUUUUAUUAAAUAAUGAGUGUGAUCCAUUAUAUUUUUUAAUAGAUCCUAGCCAUAAUUUGCUCACUCCCUUUAAUCCAAUUGCUAUUUGUGGGGGGAUUAGGCUCAUUUUCCGCAAUAGUCAAACGGUUAAUUUUCAUCAUUUUUAAAUAUACCCAGCCCAUCUCCAGAUUUUCUCGUUUGAGUAAAUAGUAAAAAUCGUUUACUCGCCAAUCGUAGUCAAUAAUAAAACAUUUGUUAAAGGAACACUCCACUCAAUCUAUAACUCCACUACAGCUAAACAAUUGAGUUUUACCAUUUUUGAAUCCCUUCAGCCGAUCUCUUGGGUCUGGCGGAAACACUUUUAGUUUAGCUUAGCACAAAUCAUUGAAUCGGAUUAGACCAAUAGCAUCUUGUUUAAAAAUUGAGUUCUGAUUAUUUUCCUAAGCUAAAAGUGCCGUCGCCAGAUGCAGAGACAGGCUGAAUGGAUUCAAAAAUGGUCAAACUCAACUCAAAUGAGCCCAUUUUUACAAAAAAUAUGAAGUUCAUUAAUUAAUUUAACACAUUUUAACAAAAUGUAGCUUUUUUUUUUUUUUUACUUAUUAGUACAAUUGUGGCUGUGAAUGAAGAAUUUUAUUUGUUUUAUUAAAUCAUGAGUGUGAUCCAUUAUAUAUAUUGCCAUUAUAUUAUAUAUAUCCAUUAUAUAUAAAUCCUAACCACAUUGUGCUUAAUCCAGUUGCUAAUUGUACUCGUUUUACUUAAACUGUGGCCACAAAUUAAGAAUUCAUUCCUGUGAUCUCAUUCGAUUCCUGAUUUUCUUUAAUCACGGCUGCGUUUACUUCAUUGUAGCUUGUUGGUUUGUUGACAAAAACAAGGGAAGGAGUUAUUUUAACCUGUCCCCAUUAUAUGUUCACGACUCCUCUCAUUGCCUUAACUAAACAGGUCCUGCCAGGCCAGAAAAGCAAGUUAUAUCUGAUCACUUCUGACCUGAGAGAAGCAAUGUUAUCCACGGCCUGAUAUUUAUAAAUAAUAAUAAUGAUCUCAAAGUGCAGGUUGACACGGCUAACGGCGCCUCUCUUUUUCACGAUCACCACUAAACUCAGAGAAACCAAGGCAUGACAUCCAUAAUGCUCAAGAUUAACCUUGACUCUUUUUUUUUUUUACAAUUUUGUAGUAUUUCUGUAGUUUAUAUUUCAUAUUCAAAUAUAUAUAUAUAAUGAUUAUAUAUAAGAUAAUCUGGCGAUAGUCAGAUGUAAGUAUUAGCUUGUAGAGUAUUGCCGUUAGGUACUAUAGAGCAGGAAAGAGCACACCUGCAUGUUUUAUUAUCUAACGAUUCCUAAAACGCAACAGACAAAAAAAGCCAAGGAUCCAAUAUAUUUACGCUGCAUUACGUCUGCAUAAAUACUACGCUAUGAACAAAAUAAAAGUCCUAGGAGUUUUGUUUAUCGGAGGGAUUUUUAGCAUCACACUGCAACGAUGUUUCUGUCUUUGAUAAUUUGACUCUUCUUUUAUUAUGUAUAUACAUAUAUGCAGGGACAUGAAGGCAGAUAAGUUGUAUUCUUAAAAGUUUCAAAUAUAUUUUAUGAUAAAUGGCCUUACUGUCCUGUGGCCAAAGCACUGAUAUUAUAUAUUUGCUGUAAAAAAAGAAUUAAGAUUUUUAUUUUUCUGAUAUUAAAAGUUCCUUAAUAAAUUGUUUCAUUUAAAACUCA